AUGCUCCGUCCCGAGUGGAGACGCCUCUGGCCCUUCUCCUCCUUCCUCGCCCUCCUCGACCUCAAGACAGGCGUCAUUCUCGCUCUUCUCUUUGCUUUGCUGAACAAGGUCGCGGGCGUGUAUGGCCUCAUCUCGGUCCUCACAGGCGCAGGCGGCUCCUUUGCCCAGCUCACGCUCUACCUCUAUUCCACCAUCGCCCUCGUCGCCCUCGCGUGGGGCCUCAACGCCGUCAGAGAGGAAAACGCGAUCCACACGCUCUACUUCGCGCACCUCUACUUCGUCGACCACGUCCUCUCCACCGCCUGGACCGUCUUCUUCGCCGUCGGCUGGUGGGUGCACACCCCGCACGACGGCCGGCGCACCGCCAACUCCCAGGCGCAGGAGGACAUCCGCGCGGGCGCCCCCGCGGCCGCGCACAACCUCAACCUCACCGACGCGCAGCGCGCCGCGGCCGCGAACGUGCUCUGGCACGAGGAGAAGGGUACCGCUGCGCUGGUGAUUGUGGUUUCGUGGGUUGUCAAGAUCUACUUCGCCGCCCUCCUCUACUCCUACGCCGCACACCUGCGCAAAGGCUCCUGGGCCUCCAUAUCGCGCUUCCGCUCGCCCUACGCGCCUACCGCCCACCCGGCGGGAUACGACCCCGCCAUGACAGCCCCGCCGGACGAGGACGAGGACGAGGACGACUCGCUCGAGUUCUACCGCCCGUCUUCGGGCGCACAGUUCGCCAAGGCUAAUGGGAACGGAAAUGCAAAUGCAAAUGGGAACGCACGCCCGGGCCAUGUCGCGCGCGGGUCGAGAGGGUCUGUGAGUAAGAUUGUGCCUGUGCCGUCUGGCUCGGGGGCGGGGGCGGGAGCGGGAGCGAGAGGGGGGGAGGUUAUGUUUGAUGCGGGGGAUGAUUAG